AUGGCCCCGAAGCGUAAGGCGGGCGCUGCGGCGAGCGGUCGUCCAGCCAAAAGAGCAGCGUCAGGUGUAAAUACUCCAGUCAGCAUGGAGAGCGACGAUGAGUACCUAAGUGGAGAGGACUCGGACAUGAUGAUGAGCGAGCGCGAGCGCGAGCGCGAACCGAGCCAGAAGAGACAGAACAGCAAGAAAUACGAGGGUGCUGUAAAGAAAUACGAUCCUGCCUCAUACCAAUCAAACAAUGCCAACUUGUCUAAUUUCGACGCCGCGAGCCACCUUUUCAAGCCCAAGCAUGAUUUCUUCACUGAGACGCUCAAGCCUGAUCAUCACCUGCGACCCAUAUGGAUGGACCCGCGCACGGCCAGGGUUGUCCUCGAGACGUUUGCGCCCAGCUUCAAGGCGGCACAGAACUUCCUUAUCAACAUAGCAGAGCCUCAGAGCCGGACAACGAAUAUGCACGAGUACACGAUUACACCCAACAGUCUCUUCGCUGCCGUCUCCGUGGGCUUGAGUGAGAAGGAUAUUAUCGGCCAGCUGGAGUUGUACUGCAAGACGAAAGUACCGCAGGGUUUCAAAGACUUCGUCCAUAACAUGACGCAGUCUUUCGGGAAGGUGAGACUUGUCUUGAAACGCAACAAGUACUUCAUCGAGAGCAACGAUGCUUCGGUAUUGCAGAUGCUCCUUCGCGAUCCAACGAUUCGCGCGUGCCGCGUAGAAGAGACAGAUGACCUCCACACGGAGAGAGCCCCGCAGCAAGGUCGAGAAAUCAUUCAGGGAACAGCUGAGGCAAAAAAGAACCAGCAAGCUGGAUUGCAACAACAGUCGCAACCAAAGCGUGACACUGAUGGGGACGACGAGUCCGAUGAUGAAUUCGGGGGGCGCGAGGCUGAGCAAGACAUGAUCGAAUACCUUCGCGAAGACGAUGAUGACGACGAGGUGGACCAAGUCCAUUCUUUCGAGAUUGACCCCGAAAAGAUCCAAGUCGUCCAAGAACAUUGCCAGAUCGAAAUGGAUCUUCCUCUGACCGAAGAAUACGACUUCAGAGCGGAUGACUUCAAUGCAACACUCGAUAUCGAUCUUCGACCGAAUGUGCAGAUUCGAUAUUACCAAGAACACGCUCUCAGCAAGAUGUUUGGUAACGGACGUGCUCGAAGUGGAAUCAUUGUCUUGCCAUGCGGCGCAGGAAAGACAUUGGUCGGCAUAACGGCAGCUUGUACCGUCAAGAAGAGCUGCAUUGUUCUUUGCACGAGCGCUAUGAGUGCUGUGCAGUGGAAGGAAGAAUUCAAAAAGUGGUCCAACAUCAAUCCUGACGACAUCGCCAUCUUCACUUCGGGCGAAAAGCAAGAGCUCAGAGACAAAGCAGGCAUAAUCAUCUGCACCUACAGCAUGGUCACCCAAAACACUCGCAGAGCGCACGAUAGCGAGAAAGUCAUGAAAAGCAUCAUGGAUCGAGAAUGGGGCCUGAUGGUGCUUGACGAAGUCCACGUUGUUCCAGCAGAGAUGUUCCGACGAGUCACGGAGCGCAUCAAGACACACUCGAAGUUGGGGCUCACUGCCACAUUGCUACGCGAAGAUGACAAGAUCAAGGAUCUCAACUUCCUCAUCGGACCGAAGCUUUACGAGGCCAACUGGCUGCAACUGAGCGAGGAAGGUCAUAUUGCUCGUGUGCAAUGCGCCGAAGUCUGGUGUCCGAUGACUACUGAAUUCUACAGCGAGUAUCUUCAAGCUGGCUCAGUCAAUCGGCGCAGCUUGCUUUCGACCAUGAAUCCGCGCAAGUUUCAGGCUUGUCAAUUCCUCAUCGACUUCCAUGAAAAGCGAGGUGACAAGAUCAUCGUCUUUUCGGACAACGUGUAUGCUCUGGAGAAGUACGCCGUUGGGCUCAAGAAGCCAUACAUCUAUGGCGACACACCACAACGAGAACGCGAAACUGUCCUGCAGAACUUCCAACAAAACGACGCCGUCUCUACUAUCUUCCUCUCCAAGAUUGGAGACACCUCCCUCGACUUACCAGAGGCUACCUGCCUCAUUCAGAUCUCUUCGCACUACGGUUCACGGCGUCAAGAAGCGCAACGACUCGGCCGUAUCCUCAGAGCCAAGCGCCGAAACGACGAAGGCUUUAACGCAUUCUUCUACAGUCUCGUCAGCAAGGAUACCAACGAAAUGUACUAUUCCUCCAAACGACAAGCCUUCCUUGUCGAUCAGGGCUACGCAUUCAAAGUCAUUACCAAUCUGAAGGGAAUGCUUAACAUGCCGAAUCUCAUGUUCAACACGCACAACGACCGCAUGCAACUCCUUCAAGACGUCCUGCUUCAGUCGGAGACCGCGGCUGAAGUCGAAGAUAUCAAAGACGAUUUGUUCAGUGAUCGGAACGUGGCGAGGUCGAAUAAGAAGAAGAGCGGAGUGCGGAGACAGGCUGGAACGCUUUCGAGCUUGGCGGGAGGUGAGGAUAUGGCGUAUAUCGAGACGAAGAAGAACUCUGCGAACAAGGCGCUCAAGCGUAAUGAUUUCUUCAAGAAGGAGGCGAGGAAGAAGGCGAGGCAGAAGGAGCAGCAGCAGGGACUUCUGAAGUAG